AUGGCGGCCACUUCACCCACAGAAGUGGCUCUGGAUAGCGGUGAUCUCAUAUUCGCAUCUAUGGGUCCAGUCAUUCAAAGCUUGGAGGAUCAAAUCAGAGCCACGCGUCUCGCCCAAAUGCAAAUGAGCAAUAAAAUCAAGGAGAUGUCAGAUUUCCUACAUGAGUUGAAUGAGCAGGAAGAACCCUACGAUAUCCAGACUUUUGUAGGGAAGUUGCAAGACUCGAAGCGAAGAGUAAACAACGUUAACCAGAUUAUGAUAAGCGUCCAUGACCGCCUAAGUCGUCUCCAGCGACUCAUUGCCCGCGAAAUUUACAAGAAAAAGAAGACAAUCAAAGAAACGGAGUUACCUCCAUCGCCUGAGCAGUAA